UCUGGCACUUGAGGGCGUGGGGGGGGGGGAGUCUUUCCGGCACUAUACAUCUCACUCCAGCAAAGAAAUAGAUUAUAUUUCGAAAGCUGCGUGUGCUUUUUACCCUUAUUUGGAGAGCUCCAGCCGUCGUGACUUGGAAAGCAGACACUUCGGUCGCCGUUUGGUGCUAGAAUGGCGCCGACGAUUCAGACGCAGGCGCAACGCGAGGACGGCCUCAGUCGGCCGUCAUCACACAGAACUGUCCCAGAGAGGUCGGGUUUGGUCUGUCGGGUGAAAUACUGCAACAACCUGCCGGACAUCCCGUUUGACCCCAAAUUCAUCACAUACCCAUUUGAUCAGCACAGGUUUGUACAGUACAAAGCCACAUCUCUGGAGAAACAACACAAGCACGAGCUCCUGACCGAGCCGGACCUCGGCGUUACCAUCGAUCUCAUCAACCCGGACACAUACCGCAUUGAUCCCAACAUACUCUUGGAUCCAGCUGAUGAAAAACUGUUAGAGGAGGACAUCCAGGCUCCGUCCAGCUCAAAGAGAUCCCAGCAGCACGCCAAGGUGGUGCCAUGGAUGAGAAAGACGGAAUAUAUUUCAACAGAGUUCAACAGAUAUGGUGUCUCCAAUGAAAAAGUGGAAGUCAAGAUCGGGGUGUCUGUCAAACAGCAGUUCACAGAAGAGGAAAUCUACAAGGACAGAGACAGCCAAAUUUCCGCCAUUGAGAAAACCUUUGAGGAUGCACAGAAACCGAUUGUCCAGCAUUACAGCAAACCUAGAGUUACUCCUGUGGAGGUUUUGCCCGCCUUCCCAGAUUUUAAGAUGUGGAUCAACCCAUGCGCUCAGGUCAUCUUUGACUCAGAUCCUGCUCCGAAAGACAUGUCAGGACCGGCAGGCGUGGAAAUGAUGUCUCAGGCCAUGAUCAGAGGUAUGAUGGAUGAGGAAGGAAACCAGUUUGUGGCCUACUUCCUGCCCAACGAGGAAACACUUCGCAAGCGUAAACGAGACUUUGAAGAGGGGCUCGACUACAUGCCGGACGAUCUGUAUGACUACAAGAUAGCCAGGGAGUACAACUGGAACGUGAAGAACAAAGCCAGCAAAGGUUAUGAGGAGAAUUACUUCUUCAUCUUCAGAGAUGGCGACGGGGUUUACUAUAAUGAGCUGGAAACAAGAGUGCGUCUGAGCAAGAGGAGAGCCAAGGCCGGCGCCCAGUCCACCACCAACGCCGUGCUGGUGUGCAAGCACAGAGACAUGAAUGAGAAGGAGCUGGAGGCCCAGGAAGCCCGUAAAGCUCAGCUGGAAAACCACGAGCCAGAGGAUGAAGAGGAAGACAUGGACAUGGAUAAGGAUUCUGGCGAUGAUAAAGAGAGAGCCAGCGGCAGUGAGGCCGAGAACUCCGCCAGCGAUUCAGAGAGGGACGAUGAAGAGCCGGAGCGGCGAGCGCAAGAGGAUGACGAUGAGAGCCGAGCGAAGAUUAUCAAUAAGAACAAGAGGAGGCGGUCGAGCGGAAGCGGCAGUGAAAGCGGCGAAGACCGCGCCCGGGAGAUGCGCGACGAGGAGGAGAUCUUCGGAAGUGACGACGACAGCGACAACGAGCCAAAGAGGAGCAGCGGCGACGACGGGAGCGAGGACGACGACGAGGGAGGAGGAAGAGGAGGAGGAGCUAGCAGGAGUCGCAGCGCCUCUCCGGCUCACAGCGAGCGAAGCAGCGACCAUUCGGAGGUUCAGGUGCAGAGCGGAAGUGGCAGUGAAAGGGCUUCGGACUCCAGUGGCGCGAGUGACAGUGAAUAAUUGCACUGUCCUCUUCUUAUUGCUCCUAUAUUGUAGGUGUAGCUUGUACACACUGUUACAUUGCGGACGCAAUUUUUGUUUUUUUUGUUGUUGUUGUUGUUAGUGAGACAGCCAAUACACAAUGUGUAAAAAAUGUUUUUUUUUUUGCUUUGUGUAAUGCCUUUUAGACCAAUAAAUGUCAAGGAUUUUUUUUUAA